CGCGCACACGCUCACACUGGUCCUCCAUCUUAGGCAGGCUGCGUCCAGGCGCACAGACAGCGGCGCGCAUCAUCACCUCCACCCGGCACCCAGUAGCGACCCGGCCCGUUACCGAGCCCGAAUGGACCUCCGCGCGGGGCUCCCGUGCGCGCUGUGAGCGGAGGAGGGGCACCAACGCCUGUAGGAGGAGGAGGAGGGCCACCAUGCGCGCGGGCAUCAUCCUCUAACGACCGAGCCAGCAAGCGAGCGAGCGCCGCGCGAGCAUCCUUCCCCCAGCAUCACUACUACUACAGCACCACCGCCCAGCGAGGCGCACGAGCGCAGGCACGCACGCAUACCGUGAUGGCUGUCCGGGCGAGCUGCUGCUGGAAGAUGAGGUUUGUGAAGCUGCUGCUGCUGCUAUGUGUUCUCUGUGUGUGGAUGGAGGGAGGAUCUGCCAAAGAAAAAUCAGCCAAAAAGGGCAAGAAGAAAGGCAAGCAGGUGUACUGCCCAUCGCAGCUCUCAUCAGAAGACCUGGCGCGAGUUCCAGCCAACUCUACCAGCAACAUCCUGAACCGUCUGCUGAUCACCUACGACCCCCGCAUCCGGCCCAACUUCAAGGGUAUUCCUGUGGAGGACCGUGUCAACAUCUUCAUCAACAGCUUUGGGUCCAUCCAGGAAACCACCAUGGAUUAUCGUGUUAAUAUUUUCCUGAGGCAGCGCUGGAAUGACCCGAGGCUGCGUCUUCCCCAGGACUUCAAGUCCGACUCACUCACGGUUGACCCAAAGAUGUUUAAAUGCCUCUGGAAACCUGAUCUGUUCUUUGCCAAUGAGAAGAGUGCAAACUUCCAUGAUGUUACGCAGGAGAACAUCCUCCUGUUCAUCUUCAGGAAUGGAGAUGUCCUCAUUAGUAUGAGGUUGUCGGUCACUCUCUCCUGCCCGCUGGAUCUGACCCUCUUCCCCAUGGACACCCAGAGAUGCAAGAUGCAGCUGGAGAGCUUCGGCUACACCACUGAUGAUCUGCAGUUUAUGUGGCAGUCUGGGGAUCCAGUGCAGAUGGAUGAAAUCGCUCUGCCACAGUUUGAUAUCAGACAGGAGGAUAUUGAAUAUGGAAAUUGCACCAAAUACUAUGCUGGCACAGGUUACUACACCUGUGUGGAGGUGAUCUUUACUCUGAGGAGGCAGGUGGGUUUCUACAUGAUGGGAGUGUACGCCCCCACCCUGCUGAUCGUGGUGCUCUCCUGGCUCUCUUUCUGGAUCAACCCAGACGCCAGCGCUGCUCGGGUGCCACUAGGUAUCCUGUCCGUGUUGUCUCUCUCAUCUGAGUGCACGUCUCUGGCGUCUGAGCUGCCGAAGGUUUCCUACGUGAAGGCUAUAGAUAUCUGGCUGAUCGCCUGCCUGCUGUUCGGCUUCGCCUCGCUGGUGGAGUACGCCGUGGUGCAGGUGAUGCUCAACAGCCCCAAGCUGGUGGAGGCGGAGAAAGCCCGCAUGGCCACCAGAGAGAAGGCUGAGGGCAAAACUCCAGCCAAGACCAACACCGUGAACGGCACCGGCGGAACCCCACUGCAUGUCAGUACACUGCAGGUGAACGAGACCAGGUGUAAGAAGGUGUGUACGUCCAAGUCAGACUUGCGCUCCAAUGAUUUUAGCAUUGUGGGAUCUCUUCCACGGGACUUUGAGCUUUCAAACUUUGACUGCUAUGGAAAGCCCAUAGAGGUGGGAAGCGCUCUGGGAAAAUCACAGGCCAAGAACAACAAGAAGCCGCCACCCCCAAAACCGGUCAUCCCAUCCGCCGCCAAGCGCAUCGACCUUUACUCCCGCGCCCUCUUCCCCUUCUCCUUCCUCUUCUUUAACAUCAUCUACUGGUCUGUGUACUUGUGAUCACAACCCAACACCAAACCCCAACACCAAUUCCCAACCCCCAAUGCCAACCACAACCCCUAACCCAACCACUAACUCAACCCUAAUUCCAAACCCAAACCUAUUCCCCAAACUCAGUUCCUAAUUCUAACUGCAAACCAUUCCCCAACCAAUUCUCCAGCCUCACACCCAACCCUAACACCAAACCCAAUCCUGACCCAAAACCCCAACCAUAAAUCUCAACCCUACCCCCAAACCCCAAUUCCCAACCCCAACACUAACCCAGCCCAGUGCAGUCCAUCCUUCACCCUUCCUUCUCCACAUCUCUCCAUCUCCAAACCUCAGGCAUCAAAUAGAACAGUUCUUUUCCCACUUCUGUACAGAGAUUUAAAGAGAGAGAUUAGAUAAAGAGACUGAGAGACUUACAGACAGAAUAACAUCUAUCUGUGCAAUAGAAACAUGAUUAUUAUUAUUAUUAUGUUAUUAUAUAUGUUAUUUUGAUGUACUGUAAAUAGCAAAGGCCAUGCUUAUCUUUUGAUUUAGUUAUGAAAGGCUGUUUAUCUCUAAAUUAGUGACUUUAUUUAUUUUUAACCUUCUAAAUGUCUGCACAAAGCAAUUAUUAUCUUGCAUGUGGAAAAUGCAUUAUUAUAUGAAUAUUAAUGAUUAUAUAUUAUAUUUAAAGGCUUCUAAUAUUUAUUUUUUGAACUCUGGAUCAGUUAUUGAGUCUAUAAUGACGAUAAAUGCAAUGAUGAUGAUGAUGAUGAUGAUGAUGGUGGCACGCUCGUUGGUGAUGUACAAAUAAGCACUGCCAUAAGAACUGUAUCUUUUGAUGAUCUUCCACUUACAAGCAUUCACACGUAUAAAGCCUGUGCUUGUGAAAAUUUAUCAACAAAUAAAAUGAAUUAAAUAAAAAAACUCCAAAUGGCUUAAUUAGGCCAU